GUAAAAUUAUUUUUAAUGACAGUCGAUUUUAGAAAACAAAGGGAAUAUUGUUGAACGACAUUGUUAGACAAUGUAAUUAGACAACAUAAUUUCUCUAGUCACACUCCUGAGCGCUUACACCCUCUCGGUUUCCAUGCGGUGGUGCACUCAGUGCGAAUCGCGCAGCCGCCCGAACACCUCAGAGAGGCUGGCUCCGCGUUGUGAUCGGGUAUGAAAAAAGGGGUAAAAGAAACUAGGAGGUGUAGAGAGUGAGAGAGAGAGAGAGAGAGAGAGAGAGAGAGAGAGAGAGAGAGAGAGAGAGAGAAGAGACAGAAAAACAGAAACAGACAAGGAAGGCCACGAGGUCCAGCGUCUUUGAACGAGGGAGUGAGUCGCAAUCUGUGCUGCGGGCUUUUCGGAAAAUGUCGUUGUUGAUCUGUGGCAUCGCGUGGGUGUCGCGGCCUCGAGAUCCGUACCCUCUGGCCCUAUUAUUGACUCGGGGUUGGUCCGGCGGCCAUGACGAGGGGUUGCACUCGCCGCGUGAUUGCUAGAUGGCGCGGCGUGUGUGGUCCACCCUCCCUGGAGUGCUCUCGGCGAGGAUCCUGCCGACGCUGUCGAGCCCCACGGGUCCAUCCACGACGCUGAGGGCGACCGACGGCGGCCAGGAGGAGUAGCGACGUUCUCGUCGCUGAGCGUCGCCGUCGCGUGAAGUGUGAGCGCGCGUGUCGCGUACGAACAAGCGCCGCGCGCGUGUCGAAGUGGUAUCCCGCGGGGGCGGAAGCGGUGCGGAAAGUCCAUUUCGGAAGGCUGCGUUCGUCUGCCGCCGUCUAGGACGGACGGAGAGCCCGUUCGGGAUUCCGUUAGGUGGGCGCGAGUUUCCGGAAGAAUCCGCGUGCGCGCGGGGGGGGAUCCGGAAGAGAUAACCGGAAGUGGCGCUCGCCAGACCGGAACUGAGCGGGACCGAGCCUGGCGGUGCGAGACGCAAGUCGGCCCUCGGGAGUGCCGUCCACCAUUUUGGGUGCGCGGAGGUUAUUCCGUGCUUCUUCUCGCGGAGGCGUCGGAACGCCUAUGAUAUCUUCCCUCGAAGCGAUCUCUCCCUUUUCUUCUCGUUACUCCUCAUCCUCCUCCUUUCUCUCCUAGCUUCUCCGUUGGGACGGGGUUUCCAGGCGAGCGGGGAAAAGCGAGUGGUUUUUGGGAGGAAUCGUCGUCGCAACGUCGUUGACACAGGGAUCAGCUGGAUUGCCCUACCGACUCAUCGUGUCAUCGUCGGGAAAGUCCUGGAACGUUCCGGGACGUCGUGACAUCCCCGACGCCGUAGGACUGGAGCCAUUUUUAUGCGCUGCAUGCCGGGAGGAGCGGCUCUCCCGCUGGAAACUGGGUUACCGCGUCGCUUCCGCUCGAAUUCCUCCUCCGCUUUCAUCGCCCGGAGGUUCGUAUCUUCGGUUAUGUGUCGAGACUGGAAAGGAUGCUUUUCUGGUUCUGUCGGGAUGUAGGAAUCCCACGCGAUAACAGUGAUACGACUGCUGUUUAGUGAGGAAAAUUUAUGCGGGCAGGAAAGGUGAGUUCGGGAUCUCGAGGGUAAGGAAAAGUGAUGCGUCAAGUGAACUAACUGUUGUCGGGAACGGAGAGGUGUGGAUUCGUACGUUGAAACAACGGAGAUUGUGGCUUCCUGAUGUGGAUUUGCAGUGUUUUGUGCGGGGACAUAAUUGCACACAUAAGGAAAGCAAAACGUGUUCGAGUUUUAGAAAACGGAGGCACAGUCAAGAAAUACAUCAUGCGGGAAGAGGAAGAGCGCGGAGAUGAAGAUUAGCUCGUGCUUUUUUUUCGUUUUCUCUCAGUGGACUUCUCAGGUGUUAUGCGGGCGCAGGAGAUUCGUGUAUUAAUGAUGAAAACAUGUUGCCUGAACACUUGAGACUAAUUCUGCUAAGGGUGGCAGUAAUUGAUUUGGGUUAAAUUGACGAAGUCGUCGAAAAGCAGAGUUGAAAAUCGCUCAAAAGCGUUGUGUUUUGAUUGAUUUGGCGGAGGGAAAAUUACACAUGUGAAACAGACUGGAUCGGCUCACUUACGGAAGAUAAACGUGAUCAUUCAAAAAGCAGGCUGUAUUUAGAGAAGGAAACGUUGGGAUUAAAGACUAUAUGUGGAGUAAUUUAUAUUUAUACUGUGGAAUGCUGUGCGGGGGUUAAAAAGGCGCACAUAUUGAGCAAGAAAAUGCGUGGUAUCUGCGUGGUUCGAUGAGGAAAAAUUUUGGCUGGCUUUUAAUCAAGAAGGGAUUUUCGAAAGGGAGAAGUAACGCACGGUCCCGUUCAAUACCGAAUGAUUUAUUGCCGAGAAAAUAGCAUGCGGGUUUGCACAGGUUAGGGGAAAAAAUGAAUUUGUAUUCAGGAUGGAAGAAAAUGCAACGGAAAUAUUCUUCAGGAAGGGAAAAUGUAAAUUUUUUUUUCGUUUAUCAAAGAAUACGAAUUGAUUUUGCUGACAACCUCUCCUCGAAGAAAGUGAUAGACAUCGUUUCGCUGUUUUAAUCAAAAAUGAGAAAUUCUUUAACUUGAGAUGCGCUUACAUACGGCUCGCUUGAAAAACUCGCUCUGUGUGCACAAGAAAAUCGAAAAUCGUAGAAACUCUUUAAAGAAGUAUCCUUUAUAUAGAAAAAUAUUGAUAUUAUAUAAAAAUGAAUUCUGCUCAUUUAUACAAGAUUUAUUUCUUUCCCAAGGCAAAAGAAUCCUUUCUAUUAAAACAAAAUGUAAAUUUUGUACGCCGAGAAAAAAUUGAAGAUUUGAAAAAUGUCUUCUGGAUUUCGAAGUAAAUUGUUGAUUUUUAUUUUUCGAAAGACUCGCCCGUCUGUCAAUGAAUAUCAUGAAUCGUUUUUGUUUCUCCUUUAGAAAGAGUUUUGAUGUGUAAUUUUGUGAUGAUGAAAGCUACUUAUCUAUGAUUUUUAAGUAACAGCAGUGAAGAUAUGUGAUCAGAAAAAGAAAUCUACGAAAAAAUGCAGCAAGGUUUGAAGGAUUUGCGAGAGAGGGACGAUCGCUAAAAAACCUUCGGAUUUUCAUGGAAUGGAAAUCGAUGGAUCUUGACGGAAGGAGGAUGAAUCUGACGUAUCUCGCUCGAAGAAGUCGCCAAAUGUAUUACUUUUCCAAGAACAUGGCCAGAAAUUAGACUGACAGACGCGUCGGGAACGAUGGAGAUCGAGUGACUUCGGCGGAGGACCGACAAGUAGUUUUAGAUGUUUUGUAUGAGUCAGUGAGAUCGAUCGGUGCGUCAAUUGUUAUAGUGCUUCGGAAAGUGCUUUCUCCGAUUUUUCUCGCCAAAGGAUUACGCGUGGCGGCCAGAUCUCUUCGUUUCGCGAGACAAUUCCUGGUAUGCGUAGUACGGGCAUAGGGCUCGUUCCGGGACUGGUGAAGGGAUCAAAGGAGGGUCAUCUAGCUGCUCUCGAGCGGUUCGAGGGCCGGUGAGCACGAAAGGGCGAGCAACCACCUUGCCGACGACCAGCAACCCUCCCGUCCGUCACUGUCGACGAACAACAGAACAGAUGUCCUGACAGUGGGCCCCGGGCCACCAGGAUGCCGACAGACGACGACUAUGGCCGAAAAGAUCGUCUCCUGUUGCACCAGCACCCGAUCGCGCAGUACGGAUCCUCGUCAUCCCCGCUUUCCGGAUCGAGCACGCCGAAUUCUAGUGGCGUGGGGACCCAGAUUGGUUCCAGCAAUCCCAACGAUUGCUUUAAGCAGCAAACACAGCAGCAACAAUCGUCUGACUUGCGUUCGGUCACGAGUACCGCAAGCCAAUCGGGUCAAGAGCGUCACCAGUCGGACCAACAGACUCAAAGCUGCGAGCAUGUCGGGGCCCGAAUGGUCGAUCGGCACGAGAAGUCCGCGGAGAAGCCUACGAUCGACUUCUCCAAGUGCGGAGAGGGUCGUCCAUCGAGUUGUGAACGUUUUGGGCAUUAUCAGACCCAAAGCGGCGAGCAUGUGGGGGGCCGGAUGGGGGGUGAGCGGCAUGAGAAAGUCGUGGACAAAUCUUGUAUCGAUAACUCGAAGUGUGGAGAGGAUCGUCAAACGAGUUGCGAGCGUUUCGGACAUUAUCAGGCCCAAAGCGGUGAACAUGUGGGAAGUCGGAUGGGAGGCGAGCGAUACGAGAAAUCAUCCGACAAGUCGUCGGUCGAUUUCACCAAAUGCACUGCUGACGGUCGACAAUCGAGUUGCGAACGUUUCGGGCAUUAUCAGACUUCGACAUUCGGUCACUCCUCGUUGCAGGGACAUUACGGCGGUACGCAUGCCGGCACUGACCGCUUCGCGCGAUUCAACGAUCUCAGUGCGUUGCACGGCGAGCAGCGGAUCCCGAAUGAUCGUUACUCGGUCUGCAAUCCAGAACUACGCUUCGAUACGACGAGCACGAGCGGAUCCGGUGAGUACGCAAACGCGAAUGCGCUCGUGGGCUCUUUUGUCUCGGAGACGUUUCCAUCACCGCCAUCGCCGGCACCGGCGAACGAUCGUUUCGUCCCACCACCGCCAUUAUCGCCCAGUCCAAGCGAGAAGUACGCCUCGAGCCAAAGCCUGGCUGGUUACCCUUCUGCUGAUCGCAUUUUGCCCCCCAAUUCUCCGGGGCCCAAGUACGGCGCCGACAGUGCCGCUACAGCAUCAUCGAUGCCCGCCAAAGAACGCUUUGCCUCCGCCGAACGACUGCUGGCCAAUCAGCAGUCAGCCACAGGCGACGCUAAGGAUCAACAACGCUACACUGGACCUGAUCGCCUGCUCUCGGGAUCCUCUCCGGUCUUGGGCGGACUUCAGGCUGGACUCCAGGCCAGUGCGGUUUAUGCCAAAGAUACUCGUUACGCAACCAUUUCCGCGGACAGGAUAUUAUCUUCCUCGCCGAUACACGCUCCGGUGCCCGAAAGAUUCGUUGGCAAGUCGGAAAGGUACUUGGGCGAAUCACCCAUUCACGAUAGGUAUCCUCGACAGGAUCCACCAACGACAGCACAUCAUGAGCGAUAUUCGGCGUUGGCGGCGGCCACCGAGAGGUUCCUCUCGAAUUCGCCUAAUCCUGAGAGCGCGCAUCAGCGCUAUUCAUCAUCGUCAGACCGUUCGUCACUUCAAACUUCCUCCAGCAGUAACGAACAAAAUCGACGUCUCUACACCGACAGAGGAGUCGAGACGGUUUGUCAAAAGUAUACCGAUCGGUCUAUCGGCUCUCCAGCAUCCGCCGACUUUGGCCGAUACUCUGGUUUCUCGGAAGUCGGCAGUCAGACACGAUACGUGUCCAGCAACGAUCGUUUUAACGACCUGGCUCUACAGCGCUGCAAUCAAUCGCGAUCGAUUGACAGGUUUUCCAGUGAUCGAUAUCUGGCUGGAUCGUCACCCGCACACGACAGCAGACUAUCUAGUGCCGAGACGUCGCGCUACAUUGUCUCUUCCACGGAACGUUUGCUGGCGCCGACGUCCUCUUCGUCAUCCUCUUCGUCAGAGACAAGCUCCAGGUAUCACUCACCCUACACAACGACCACUGGCACCCAAUCAUCGGCCUCUAACGAGCGCUUCACAUCAAUCUCACCAACAUCCGAAGCGUCAUCAAACGUUCACCGCGGCGCUACUAGUAGUGGCUAUCAAAACACGAAGAGCACCGACAAAUAUCUCGUCUCGAAAUCAGUUCAAAGCAGCUACGAUCGCUAUUCGGUCGGUAGUCAGAACGAUCAUCAGUUCGGCCAAGACCGGUAUUUUACCACCGGCAGCAGCGGCGACCGAUUUCAGACUACUUCCGGAGCUGAUCGCUUUCAUACUCCUGCUGAUCGCUAUUCGCCGGCGCGUAACGCCGCCGAUAAGUAUCUAUCCCUGCCGAAGCCUAAGGAUAGAUACACUGGUCGCAUAACACCUAUCUCUUGCGCCAAUACUGUCGCGACGUCCUCCACCGAUCGCACUUACUGUUCGUCCAAUGUGAGUUACGUGCCUCCAACUGCGCAUACCCCAGUUGAACGAUAUGUGCCCCAGCCUCCUCCAGAAGUGCUCUACCCGGACAGGUACGUGGACAGAUACGUGCCGCCCGCGGCGCACACGCCAACCGAUCGAUAUGUGCCCGCGAGCGAUCCAGGCGAUCCAUAUAUGCGUCGCGACCUUGGCUUUCAUCACCAUUAUCGGCUACCGCCGCCCGCCGGUUACCCGUAUCAGUCGCAUUUUCGAUUCCGCGGGUUCGCAUACGCAACGUCCGGUCGGAUGGGUGGGAGCCCCGGGUCCAGCAGUUCUAGCAGUACGACGUCCAACCAGCGCGAGACGUUCGCCACGUCGCCGCUGUUGAGGCCCAAAGUGCGUGCUUCCACGGUGGAAUUUGGCGCAGCUAGCGGCAGCGCCAGCACGGUCGGCGCCACGACGACUACGACGUCUGCUGGCGUCAGUCGUCACGUGUGUGCGAAUAAUCCAGCCGCCUGUUGCGGAGACGUCUCCGCCAACGGCAGAGCCUGCUGCCAGAUGAGGAGGUCCUUGCCUCCUGGAACACUACCGGCGAUACCCACGCAGACUUCUUCAUGGCAACCGUCGCCGAGUUCCGGCACGACCGGUACCUCGACGGUAUCAUCGACGACCGGCGAGGGAGACACGGCGCAGAGCAUCGGUAUGUACCCGGUGGGCGUUGCGACGUCGUCGACCGUGACAACGGCGAUGCCAGUGACGACGGCAUCGACAACUGUGCCGCUGAUCACCUCCGGCGUCACUGCCGGAAGCGCCGGCAUCGCCAGAAGCGUUUCCGCGCCGAGCGCCCCGCAGCGGCCGGUCGUCCAGAUUAGCAGCUCCUCGGCGAGCACCUCGGCAGCGCAACGGCCGAGACUCAAGAGGACUCAAAGUCGCACCGAGGCUAUUCGGAAUUAUAUUAAACGCGAGACAGCACAGUUCUUUGGAGUCGACGAAGAAUCUGAGGCCUCGGAGAAACAGAGAUGGCUAGACCGACGACGGCGUAUGGCGUCGAGGAAGUACGGCGCUUUGGUACCGGAACACAGGCCGCCGGAUCCGGACAUCACCCGGGACGUACCGGACACGACCGAGACACCGGAAGGUGUUACACUCAGACGAUGGCAGCAACCAGAAAGGAGGAAAGAUUCUGUAGCAAGGAUGACGCUGUUGGGUCUUCAUUACAUCGUUGACUCGCUGACAAGGCCGCGUCCUCGCGAGCGCUCGCAAUCACGCCCGGAGUCGCGCAGCUUUCCGCCGAGCACGAUCGCGUAUCUGUCGAGGACAGCGGCCUCGGAUCCUGACAGCGGCCAGGACGAGGACGAGUCUUUCUUCGAGAGGCCUCCGCCGCCACCGCCGCCCCUUCCGCCACCUUCGUCUCAACAAUCGCAGACCCAAAUCGAUCAGACCUCUAGUGGAUUAAUCAAGGACGAAGAGGUCGACGCUAAAAUAGCAGACAUCUGCGACACUACGCAGGAUCGCGAAGGGAUCAGAACCGAGGAAUUAGUUGGAUUUGCACCACAGCAGAAGGACGACAGGAUGGCGAUCGACGGACAAGUCAGACGACCCCGUUCGAUUACGAGGGACCACUAUAUUUCCAGAAAAACAAGUUGGAGCAGGUCAAAGUACGACGCGCCGCCUCUGGUGGAGGGUACAAGGGUACCGCAGGAGGAAGGAGUGACUCUCCGCAGCCGGGAGAUAACCGGGGCCACGAGGAUCUCCCGUAGCACGAUCGAUCGUGUCUUCGACAACAGCAAUCGGCGACGAUACGGGAUGGGCAUUGUCGGUCGCUUCUUCGGGCGAUCCUUUCGAAAAAGCGUCACGCACAAGCCGGAUAUAAAGAAGCAGUUAGACGAUUUUGAGGAUCACCGACCGUAUUUCACGUACUGGAUCACUACUGUGCAAGUAUUGAUUCUGAUAAUAUCGCUGGCGUGUUACGGAUUCGGUCCCGUUGGGAUGGACCUCAACCAUCAAUCGGGAUUGGUUCUUGUAACGAGUCUGUCGUUACAACAAGUCGAUUAUCAAGAACCCGCGAACUUUUGGCUAGGCCCAAGAGCCGCGGAUCUAAUUCACCUUGGCGCCAAGUUUGCACCGUGUAUGCGCCGGGACAUCAAGAUUCUGAAAGAGAUCGACGUGUGGCGGGAAAGAGAACGAGAUACCGCUUGUUGCAUCAGAAACGACGAUUCCGGCUGCGUUCAGUCCAGCAAAGCAGAGUGUUCUGUCCGGGGAAUGAGAUCCACUGCUAUGAAUACAAUAUCGACCUGGAAGAAGUGGGGACCCGGGGACAGCGGGCCUGGCGGCCGUAUCAGUGGAUCAGUUUGCGGAUUGGAUCCGAAGUUUUGCGACGCUCCGGCAAGCAUCGCGCCUUACGAGUGGCCAGAUGACAUCACUAAGUGGCCAAUCUGCCGGAAAACCAAUCCCUUUAGUCAACGUUUCAGUAAAAACGGGAAUCAACGGGGCAAUGCCAACUUUCCCAUCGGUCGCUACAAGGAUAAGAUGGCGGAGCAUAUGGUGUGCGAGGUGAUCGGCCAUCCGUGUUGCAUCGGGAUUCACGGCAUGUGUCGGAUUACUACGAAGGAGUACUGCGAUUUCGUCCAUGGUUACUUUCAUGAGGAAGCAUCCCUGUGCUCUCAGGUGGAGUGUUUGCACGACGUCUGCGGAAUGAUACCAUUUCUGCAUCCUGAAUGGCCGGAUCAGUUCUAUAGACUUUUUACCACCAUCUUUCUUCAUGCCGGAAUCGUCCACUUGAUAAUUACGUUGCUGGUACAAUACUUUCUGAUGAGAGAUUUGGAGAAACUAACAGGCUCGUUGCGCAUCGCUUUAAUCUACUUUAUUGGUGCUCUUGCUGGAAAUUUGGCCAGCGCAAUCUUUGUCCCUUAUAGGGCGGAAGUUGGUCCAGCCGGUGCACAUUUCGCUCUUCUUGCCACGCUAGUGGUCGAAGUGCUGCAUUGCUGGCCGAUGCUGAAGCAUCCGCGUCGCGCGCUAUCCAAGCUUAUCCUGAUUCUGCUGGGACUGCUAGUGCUAGGUAUCCUGCCGUGGAUAGACAACUACGCGCAUCUGUUCGGCUUCAUUUUCGGCUUCUUAGCGGCCUACGCGCUGAUGCCAUUUAUCUCGUUCGGCCAUUACGAUCGUAAACGGAAGAUCCUGCUGAUCUGGGUGUGCCUGAUUCUGAUCGUGAGCCUGUUCGCUCUGCUGCUUGCCCUCUUUUACAACGUGCCGGUGUACGAGUGCGAGGUGUGCAAACUGUUCAACUGCGUGCCGUUCACUCGCGACUUUUGCGCUUCCCAAAAUAUCAAUUUCAAGCGGGAGGAGCCAGUAUGACACACGGGGCCGCGGUUCACAGUCGAGCGCGAAAUUGUUCCGCUCGGCCCCCGAACUCACGUUCCUCAUCAUCGCGCACCUCAUCACAAUACGCCAUUACCGUUCGUCACGCUCGUUCUGACGACGCUCCUCAUCGACUCCCAAACGCGUCUGAAGAAGUCAUAAGAUCGAGUGGAACCUGAAUGAAAAGAGACUUCUCCGUUUAAAGGAUGACUGCAGCUCGAAGUCUUUGAAAUCGUCAAAAAUCUUAAACUGUACGAAGCCAAAGAAAAUUCUUUAAAAACAAUCGAAAGAAAAAUUUCUUGAAUUUUAAAGAAAAAUUAAAAAAGGGAUUCUUUAAUUCUCUCUGGAAAAUUAAAUAAUCAAUGAAUUUUUUUGGAUAUCUGAAGAGGAUCGAUAAAUAUUUUACAUCAAUUUAGCUGGGAGAAUUGUUGAAAAAGGAAGUUUUUAAAAUUUUUAAAAGAAUUGUGCAAAAAAAGACCAAUAAAUAUUUUCCUUUAUUACAGUUAUCGAGAAAAAGGAAGAAAUCUCAUUAUAGGAACAAAUUCUGAAUUCUUAAAGAAGCUAAAAAGGAUAGAACAAUAAUUUCCCGUUUCAUGGUCUAAAAUUGAAAGAAAGAAUGAAAAUAAAUAUAUAUUUGACCUUUAAUUGGGAUACUUAGCGAUCUCAUCGAGCUGCGAAGAUCAUCAAAUUUGCAUUAUAUCUGCGAAAUUGUGGCACGCAAACAUUGAAAAUAAUCCUAUCAUUUAACGACUGCGCUUCCACGAUGACGCUAUUCGAAUUACUAAGCUUCUAAAGAAAUUUUGCGAGUCCAAAGUUUUACAAGUUUCCAAGUUCAAGAAAGUUUACCGAACUUUGAACAUCCACGAUCGCAUUUUUCGAUUAUUCGCGUUAUUUGUAAAAGUGAUAUCACGGUGCGUUCGGGGGACAUGGGGGUUUGAUAGUGCCUGGAUCGAGCGGGUGAAGGUGAUGGAUCCCGACCGACAUUUUCGCUACUGCCAACGAACGUUAAAGAAAAAAAGAGAGAAAGAGAGAGAGAGAGAGAGAGA